AUGCAGCUUUCCGAACUCGUCGCCAAGGAACUGCAUCUGCUCAACUACGUCGUUACCCAGCCGACUGUCAGUUUCAACGGGGUCAACACGUUCGAAAUCAAGAACGGAUUCAUCCAUUAUCGCGUGUUCUUUGUGGAGAAUGUAGAAGAAGGAGAAACAAUGACACUAUCAGACGCUUCCAAGCUUGCGGCGUUCUUCAAUUCGAAGUUCUUUCACGAGACAGUGACCAGAAAUCGCUUGGCGAUUCCUUGUGGUCAUUUUGAGCGAUCGUUUCGAAUCGAAGACGACAAUAUCUGCUAUUUGAUCUUCGUCAUACGAAUAGACAAAGGCCGACAAAGACAUCACCUCAGCGAAAAUGAGCUCUACCAGGUAGCAGAAAAGCUUGGCGCGGUGCAUGCGAUCAACACGGAAUCCAUGGCUCCAGAGUUUCUCCGCGUUAUUGAAGAGAACCACGAGAAUAUUCGUCGUUAUCAGACGUCUCUCGAGCCUCAGCUGAUUGCCAUUUUGAAGGAUGCGCUCAAAGGCGAAUUGUCGCAGUAUUUCUCCUUACCGAUGGAGAUCGUACCCAGGUUGGAAACUGUUCUCAAGCAUGAUGAUGAGUGUCCCGAACCUUCGGAACGCGUUGUUUGUCAUGGUCACCUAUCAGCGGAGAACUGCCACUUCAAAGAGACGCCGCAACACACCGGCACCGGUAGACACCAUCAUAGCGAAUUGGUUGAUAUCAGUGAUUGGGAGAACGUGCACUUUGGCGACGUCGCUCUCGAUCUGUCCAAUCUCAUCAUUUCAUCGGCUGAACCGAUUGUCAGAAGAAAUAAGUACAUGUCGGUUGAUUUUCCGCCGUUACUACUACUCUCGUGUCGAUUAUCGCCCAACGAAUUUCCGCCUCGCGGACCUGAAGAGGCUCUUCCGCAAGCACCACAAACGUGCCGUUCUGUUGGGCGAGGUGUACCAACCGUUUAUAAAUUAAGGAUCGAACCACUCCUGGAGAUCCUCACAUCGUCGGCCGAUGACGAGGUGAAACGAGCGCACUCAUACCGAUGGGAAAGCGCAUUGGAGGACGCUUACUACUUCACAUCGGUCGGCUACGUCAGCGACGAUGAGCACUGCUUGUUUUCCAAAUGA